GUCCGCCCACCCCGCUUCUCCUCUGUGUCUCCUUCUCGCAGUCUGGUCGAGAGUCAAAGCCGAAAGCAGAGAGAACAUCGACGGUUCUGACUGAACCGAGAAUCCACGGCAGUCAUGGCGGCGCCGUUAGCCCACUUUGAUGAGGACUGGCAGGACUUUAACGAAUUCAAGCCGUCCUCGGACGCGGUCGACCCACUGGACAAGCUGAACUCAAACGUGGGCGAUUCGUCGGGCCUAGACGAUUUCUCGGAUCUGGACAACAGUUUCUCUGGGGAGAUCUGCAGCUUCAAGUCGAUGGAGGACCUUGUCCACGACUUCGACGAGAAGCUCACAGUGUGUUUCCGAAACUACAACACUACAACGGAAAACAUAGCUCCCAUUAAACCUAUCACCGAGGAUAAUUACUUGAAAGACGACGAGGUGUGGAACACUCUGACGGAUAACUACGGCAAUGUGAUGCCGGUGGACUGGAAGACAUCUCACACUCGCUCCUUACACCUGCCUACCCUCAACCUCACCGAACACGAGAAGUUGGAUAACCAAUCUUUAGAUCUGUCUGACGAUGAGGAGCUGAGGGAGCAGAUGGACAUGCACUCAAUCAUCGUCUCGUGCAUCAAUGAUGAGCCGCUUUUCACAGCCGAGCAGGUGAUUGAGGAGAUAGAGGAGAUGAUGCAGGAGUCUCCAGACCCAGAGGACGAUGAGAGUCCUUCACAGUCCGACUUGUCCAUGCUCUCUCAAGACCUCAAUGCUCUAAAACGCUCCGGGUCCAACACCAGCUACGAGGACCGGCUGCGUCAGAUGUCCGUGUCGGAGCUGACUGAAACUCUGGAGGAAGUGGAGGCGGCCAUUCGUCGCUACAGUGAGGAGCUGAUCCAGGCUCUGGCUCUGCGAGAUGAAUUGGACUAUGAAAAGGAGGUGAAGAACAGCUUCAUCUCACUGCUCAUUGAAGUGCAAAACAGACAGAAGGAGCACCGCGAGCUGCUGCGGAAGAAGAAGAAAAUCCGGCACACGACAACGACGGGGCCCAACGGCCAGAGGACGGCUAGCACGCACAUACCCGGCACGCUCCUCACUAUGGAGGGACUCUCCAAUAUCAUUCAAAAUGGCCUCCGUCAAACUUUUGGCAACACAGGAGGGGACAAACAGUACCUGACCACAGUGAUCCCUUAUGAGAAGAAAGCAGGCCCCCCGUCUGUAGAAGAUCUCCAGAUCCUCACAAAGAUCCUCCAUGCCAUGAGGGAUGACAGUGAGAAGGUACCUGCCCUCCUAACAGACUACAUUCUCAAAGCUCUGGUAUGAGAGCAGUGGAAACUGAGGUUUGUGAGUCCUCUGUCCCACGUAAAGUCAAAGGCGACACUCCUGUUUCCAGAACCAUCCACUGGACCAUCAGAAGAGGGUUCUGGUAAUCCAGGAAAAACCCACAAAGUGGCCCCCAGUUUCCACAUCAUAGACUUUCUUUCCUUGUGGUACUUUUUUUUAAAAACUCUGUUGAUCCUAGGAUUUUAACUCUCCUUGACUCGUAUAUUCCAAUGUAACUUUUAACUUUUUAAUGCUUGAGUACUACAUCCCUGUGUAUGUUCUGACUGCAUGAUAACUUGUCUAUAGAUGCCAGUAAUCAGUAUUAGUCUGAACACCUCACUUCCUGGUUUGUGCGGGGCUUUGUGAACAGUCAGGAAAAUAACAAAAGUUUAACCUGCGUGCAACGUCAUCAAGCUUGUGUGAGGUGAAAUUUGCAUCCUUGUAGUUCAUGCCUGACAGGAAAAACGAAUCCGGGCAGAAUCUGUGAAUCUCAAAGUGCUGGGCAAGUCGUGUUAUGAAGUCUUGUUUUGUUAUUUCCUUGUUAGGAAUCCAUUGCAUUAAUGGCAUUUGUUGAUGGUUGCACAUCAUGACAGCGUCUUAAGGUUGAAAACUGCUUGGUGAGGAUCAAGGAACAAACCCUUUAAUUUAAAAAUGCAAAACUGUAGGUAGUGACGUUGUUGCAUGUUGCUUUGGGGUUUGCACUCGAUAGUAGCUGUUAGCUGAAUGUUAAGAUGAAAUAUUUUGUAUAUGAUGAAAGAAAUUGCACAGUUUGGGGAACUUCUUUUUUUAAAUAGGGAAAAAAAGUGGAAAGACUUAAAGUCGUAGCUGGAUGAACAAUUAUGUAAAGCAUAUUUUUGGAUAAGGGGAUGUUUUUAGUGAGAUAAGGGACUUUGUAAUCAUUUUGUAAAUCUAGUCUGUUGACCUCUGAGCCCUCAAGUAGUAACCUCCCCAUCCCCACCAAUGUCAUCACUUCCCCACGAGGUGUCAUUUCGCAAGUCUGCAGAUACCUCAUGUGCUAAAGUUCAGCAUUAGUGGCAACCAGUCUGUCUGAUUGUAUGUUAGCUUGGUGUUGUAGCUCAAAUGAAGUCAGAUUUGGUAAAUAGUUAAGCAUCUGUUAUUAGUUGUGGCAUUUUUAAACCAGUCUCUUACAUCUUUAGCGGUUAAAUUUUAGUGGUAGCACUUUACUCCGUCAGUGAUCUGAUCGUGUGCUGUCGUAGCACAGAGUACGUCUCAGUAGAUUAGUGUGUGGUGAAGCUUAGAAAACAGAGCUGAGGUGAACAAAGAUGCUAACAUGCAUUUAUUUCCCAAGGGGCACUCCCCUGAGUUUACAUUACCAUCAGUUUGUGGAUCAUGAAUCAGCCAGCAAAACUGCUGGGUAAUUUCUUCGGCGGCUCUGGAGAACCUUUAACAUGAUGUCACUGAGGUUAUUUCAUCCCAGGCUUGAGAAAACCUUCAGGAUCUGCACUAGGACUAAAAGUCUGGGCUUUCUUCCAAGUCUUUCUGGAAGUGCAAUACUUACUGGCAGGAGUUGCCCCUCUAAAACCAACCGCGUCUUCAGCAAGUUGGCACGCUAACGUUCGAAACACCAGCUGCUACAGGUGCACCACACACUGUCAGAUCAGGUCUAGCCUAGCUCUCAGGUACGAUCAUCAGUGUUAGUAGUUUAAAUCAUCGUCAGAAAGUUGCUGACAUUCCUGAGUCGUCUUUUAGCAGCUAGACUUGGAGCUUGCUGCACUUCUAUCAAAUGUUCUCAUGCAUAGUAGCCACUCGGCUGAACCCGCUCAGAAUCAUGUAGUACGCUCUGCAGUCAUAGCAGCAGCUGUAGCGCAGGUAAAGACAUCUGUAGAGGCUGCAGUAGCAUCUGCUUGUUGUAGGGGUCUUCUUAUAAUAGCAUAGCUGUGGUUAACACGUCUGUCUUUUACUGGGUAAUAAUCAAACGCCUCGCUCUCGGAAAGGGGAGUGAUGAAGAUGAUGAAUGUCGGGGAAGAUUGCACAAACGGUUGCUUAAAUGAAUAGGGGGCUAUUUAUUUUGUAAAUGAAGUCAAAAGCUUGUAGUGCUGUGUUAAAACUAUUUAUAUGUAACCUGUUUCUACUUUUGACAGCUAAGAAAACAUUCGCAACCAAGCAUGUGCUGCAUGCACUUUAGUGUUGCAAACACAUUUCUUAUGGUUAAUGAUUUGUCUGUUUAGGAGCAUAUGGAUAUUAGAUUAAAGGGACAAGCAGCGAAACCUGUUAUAGUUUUAACUCUUAAAAAGUAAUCGGGAGUCCUAAAAUCAGAGGCAGCAAAAUACUUAAAUCAUAUCUUGAAAGGUGUCUAUUGAUUUGUCAUAAUCUGGUUAGUAAAGUGCUUAAAUUAAACUAGCUUUUAAUGCCAUCUGUGUAAAUAAAACACUGAUUUAUAAUGACAUGGCAGUCAGCACAGAGGUCACUGAAAGAUCUCGUCUCAGGCCAGAGCCUCUCAUCCGGCCUGCUCAGCAGACAUGUCAGUUCAACUACAAAUUGAGAGAUUUAUAUUUAUACAUGUACAACAAGCAAUGAAAUAAGAGGCUGCCUUUGUAAAUGCCUGAAAAUCUUUGUACAGUUAACAAAUAACUCAUUUUUUUAAUGCAAUAUAAUUCCCCAGUUUGGGGUUUAAUGUUUACUGUCUCAUGUGGUACUGCAAUAUAUUAAUUUAUUAUGUAAAUGUUUGUUUUGUAACCAUAUUAUUGACUGUAAUGGUACAAGUGUUUUGUGCCCUCAUUGCAUUGCAACCCAUUUCAAAAUAAAAACUAGAGUUACCUCCUCAUGCUUGUUUUCCCUGUCAAUUUGCAGGUUAGGUCUGUGCAUGUCCAACCUUGACCUUUCAGA